AUGGCAGCGAAUCAGAACGGAGACGUUGUGAGUGUUGGCCUAGGAACAGCGAGUAAGGUUAUCCGAUGUAACAACAAAGGAAAGUGGGUAGCCGAAGUUGGUGAUGAGGAAAUUGAAGUUUCAAACGCAUUCUGCUUCGUGAUUCCUCGUAUCGAUGCCGAUGACGGGACCUCCUCUUCACCCAAUCAUGCACUUCGCUCCAGAGUUUCUUCUCAUAAGCUCGCUGCUGGCGAUUGGUAA